AUGCGGAGCAAGUUGCUGAAAUUCGUCCCUCAGUUCUUCUGUCAGCUAAAAGUGCAUUAUAAUAGCGGAAACGAGAGAGUUCGAUUAUUGCUAGAUUCAGAUUCUGAACUCACGGUCGUCGCAGAGGAAUUAGUUCACCGACUACAUUUAAACAGGCGAACCGCGUCUAUUCCUCUCAUCGGCAUCGGUGCUGGUUGCACAAUACAAGCACACAUCUUGCCUCGUUUGACGCGAAAGCUACCAUCAAUUGACGUAUCUAAACAAUUUUGGCCGCAUCUUCAGAAGCUUCAAUUAGCUGAUCCAGAUUUCGGAAUACCAAGGCCCGUUCAGAUACUCAUAGGUGCCGAUUAUCAUGGGGAAAUUAUUAAAUCAAGGAUCAUCAGAGGCGAAAUCAAUUCUCCCAUUGCCCAAUUAACUAUAUUCGGAUGGGUUCUAUUCGGGCCAGCUUCACCUUCAGAUACAUCUUCUCCAUCUUCAGCCAUAGGAUCUCAAUGCUCUCGAGAUCAUAACUUAGAAGAGCUUCUUACUAGAUUCUGGAUUCAAGAGGAACUACCACAAAGAGAACAACAUGCUCUAAAACUUUGUGAUACCAGCUGCGAAAUGCAUUUUCAAGCAACUCAUUCACGAGACAAAACUGGGCGAUUUGUUGUGCGAUUACCAUUAAAAUCAUCUGCAUCAGCAUUGGGAAAUUCCACUACACCAGCUCUCAGAUGUUUAUCCAGAAUAAACCGUUGUUUCUGUACCGAUUCGUCUUACAAAAGGCGGUAUACAGAAUUUAUUCAGGAAUACGAAGCUUUAGGUCAUAUGAAACUAGUUUUCCCAGAAGAAAUAGGCAACAAGCCAGCUUGUUAUUUACCUCAUCACGGUGUUCUACGAGAGCAAAAUCGGACGACGAAAUUACGAGUUGUAUUUAAUGGAUCAAGUCCUACAAGCUCCGGUCUUUCCCUAAAUGAUAUAUUAUAUUCCGGCCCAAAAUUACCAGAUAUCACGCAAGUAUUACUAUGGAUUCGAAAAUUUCAAUAUAUUUUUGGCACGGACAUAAUUAAAAUGUUGACAACAGUCACUUAUGGACUAAAUUGUGCUCCCUAUUUAGCAUUAAGAUGUUUACAGCAGCUCAUUAAGGACGAAGGAAAUCGAUUUCCUCUUGCCAUCCCUGCCAUGCCUAAGGAUCGUUACAUCGACGAUAUUUUCGGAGGAGCUGAAUCAAUUAAUGAACUUCAAAAGAUUGUUCUUCAAUUAAUUGCAAUCUGUAAAGCGGGCGGAUUUUCCUUACAAAAAUGGAGUAGUAACAAUUUAAAUGUGUUCGCGAACAUGCCCAAAAUUCUUGAAAAAAUCACUUCUACCGUGGAAUUGGAAUCCUCUCAA